AUGUCCAGUCAUGCACCUCUCGAAUUGGCCUCAUUGAUUGAUAAAGUUUCUCGAUCACAUCAGAGAUCCAAACAAAGAGCAGAAACAGCUGAGAAACCUGUUCGGAAAAUCAGGUUGGCCGAGCCAGUGGAAGCGGAGAUGGACAAAAAAAUAGAUGAAGAGAUUUUCACCUUUCCCUUUCUAACAAACGAUAUUGCAGAUCACACCGAUGACGAUUUCCGAACGAAAAGGUCUCAUCUUUCAGAAAUUAAAAUUAAAAAACAAAAGGAAUUAUUGGAAAGAGUGAAUUUUGCGGAUCCUAAAUAUCAAGCCAUUUACAAAUCAAACCAUGCUCUGAAACCCCUCGUCCAUUUUUUUAAACACUUAAUUCCCGUAAAGGCCAUUCCUUCCGAUCAACAAAACGUUGUCACGAAAUCAAAAUUACGACUUUCAAUACCCUACACAGUUGUUUAUGGAAUUGCAGAAAAUCCAGUCUUGUAUUAUACCGAUAAUGAUGGAUUUGUGGCGCGAGCUGACAAUAUUUCUUACAAAACGAUCAAGCAAAAAUUGACAUUGGGUACCUCCACAGACACCGAUGUUGCAGUGGUGAUGAAGAGAACAGUUACAGGAGAAGUCACAAGCAAUGCAGCAACUUUACUAAGUGUAAAACAGCUAAUGACCGUUCUAGACACUCAAACGACAGGAGUUUGUGCCUAUCAAAGAUAUGUUAAAUCGUGUGGAUCUAAAGCCUCUAUCGCAAGAAUUCUUUGGAGUUGUCACAAACCAGUUUCAGGUUAUGUCAUUAGCAACAUCAAAACUACCACAGACAUGUCUGAAAAAGAGCCUUCAAAUAGACUCUUAACUAGUACAGAAAAUAUUAAUAACAUUGACAUAUUCCAGCUCAAAACAGCUGCCUUGAGAGAGUUGGGAGAGCAAAUUCGAUCGCUUGUAAAGUAUUUAGAGGGUUUACCCAAUUUGAAAUGUAAAUUUGAAUCUUUGGCUGCGGACUUUAUUCGAGAUGAUAAUGGGCGAUACUGGUUUAUUCAAGUUAAAGCGUUCACAUUAGAAGAAAAAUCAACUUCAAAACGCCCAACAUCGUUCGAAGACGAAUCAUUUGAAGAAAAAUCUGUAAAAUCUCGAAGUGCCUAUUUAAGAUGCAAAGAGUGCAAAAUGUGCCUUAAUUUAUUUCCACCAAGCGAAUUGAAUUAUUCAAUGACUUUAAAGAUGAUCUAUGCGACAGAACAGCAUUUAAAACGCCGAGCUGUGAAAUUGUCUUGGUUCGAUCGGCCAGAAUUCAAGGGUUUGACAGAAACUUCGAGCUGGUAUCAAGAGUAUAAGGUUUGCAAACCUUGCUUUGACAUGUACAUACAAGAACAAAAACUUGCCAAGGUAGAGCUGGAAUUUGCAAAAGCUAUUGGAAUUCCUGUUACAAAAAAGAUCAACGAUGAUGCAUCUAUAAUUGAGUCUCUCCAACAAAAGCUUUCAAAGCAAAAAAGAAUUCUCAUUCAUGAAGAACAUCAACAACCAAAAACCUUACAAAUGUAUCGAUUUAUUGUUUAUUUGAAUGAGGUGAGAAAUGUUCCUGACAUUCUAUUGUAUUCAAAAAAGAUUCACCUCAAAAUGACCAUUUUCAACACUGAAUUAAUAGUACCUAUCAAUAUGGACGAGAUUGAUUCAAAGAAAAAGAUUGCAGUUGGAAAAUUAAGAGUGUUUUACUUUUUUGUUAAAAAUCAACAACAAUUUCGACAAUUUUUGAAAACCCAGCGCGAAGUAAGAGUCGAUUUAUGUGUAAAUACCACUGAAGUGAUUGGAAAAGCUGUACUGCAUCUUCGACAAUUCGAGAGUGGUCUUCUCGAUAAGCUGGACUACAUGGUCCUAUUCUCAGCCACAGGUUUGAAAUUGUGCUCUCUGAGGGCCACUCUAGGAUUUGUACAAAUGAGCACGAAAGAUGUGAGUCACAUCAAGCUUCAAGAGUGGAUUCCAGGCGUUUUCAUACCUCCUUCCGAUUUUUACACAGCAGAUCCACUUCCAGAGGAAUGGAUGGAACUCAUUCCUACUCUAAAAACAACCAAUGACUCCCAGAAUGAAGACCCCAAACCACUUUCAGCACGAAGGCCACAAUCUGCUUCUCUUGCCAACACCAGCGGCACAGGAGAGAAGAGACCACUUUCUUCCACUUUUACCAAGAGGCCUGCAACACCUUCACAAACUCUUACGAGAAGAGCUUCUCAAAGUGCUCAACUUACAAAGCCACCUGUACCGUCGUAUGCAAAACAAAUUGGAAAUCUCAAAAAGAGACCUCAAAGCUCAGGACCACGAGUGGUAUACAAUGGUUUGCCAUCAAAUCACGAUCCACUCGACUAUUCAACUUCUCCUAUGACCGCUCAAGAUUUGGCCUCACUAGCAUGGCUAGAACCACCACAAAAGCAACCAGCUGGUUUAGAUAUGUUCACCUCAAACGUGAAUCAAAAAGAAGUGGUUACUCCUCAUGAUGUGGCUGUGACACGAUCACCGAUUGAAGCACGUGUCCAAUAUGCACAAGAUGAAGUGUUGUGGGAGAUGACUAUCAAUCAGGUGACCAUCAAAGACUUAAAAUCAUCAGUAGACGAAUGUUGGAUACUAACCAUUGAUUUCUUUGGGGUUCUGAAAAAAGAAUAUGAAAGUUUUCAAUUAUUUUCAGAGGGCCCUCUUGUUUUUCACAUUGAGAAUGCCACUUACUUUUCGGCCUCAAGAGAAAACCUGAAUGCCUUCUUGGAAAAGGAACGAAUUUUGAAAGUUUCACUAAGACCCAAAUAUCUCACAAAGGAUGAAAUUGUAGCUUUUAUGGAUUUACGUCAAUUACUGAAACGAGAAAAUGCUCAAAUAUUCUUCGAGGCCUCUUUGUUCGACCAAUCCCACGCUGAAGAAAUUAAAUGUAGCAUUGUUGGAGAAGAAAGUGAUCAAGAAAGUGACGAAGAAGAUAAUCCAGAAGCACCCAACAGAGAUAACCUGAAAUUGGGCACUCUCACCACUUACAUUUCAUAUUCCAAAGUCGCCAAAACAUCAGAAGCUGAACUCAACAACAACGUUCCUUCAUACCGGGCGGAAGAGUACAAAAUUACAUGCUUUGCUUCAUGUCCUCUCCAAGAUGACGAUGUGGCAGUUCAAUAA